CUCCUGGGUACGGCAGCCGGGGAGGUGGCGGCUGGUCACCUUCCCCGCGGGCCGCAGCCAUGGCGGCCGCGCCUCCCCCGCCGCUGGAGCCCAGCCCGCUGCCGGUGUUCACCGAGGAGGGCUUCGGGGACAAGCUCCUGCGCAAGACCCGCGAGAAUCCCCUGGUGCCCCUCGGCUGCCUCUGCACCGUCGGCGUCCUGACCUACGGGCUGAUCAGUUUCAAGAGAGGCAACAUCCGUCGGUCUCAGCUGAUGAUGCGGGCACGUAUCCUGGCACAGGGCUUCACCUUCGCAGCCCUCCUGGGAGGCAUGGUGGUCACAGCCCUGAAAUCUAGGAAGUGAAAUGAUGCAAGAAAGAACCUGCAGACCAGUGCCCACCAGCCCGUAUCCCAGCUGGCAGGGUGGAUUCUGGCUGCAGAUGGGGUUUUCUGAGAGACAGUUGUGAUGUCUGAGUGGAGCUGGUGUCAGACAGAGAGGUUUUGUGUUCCAGAGUGCUGAAAAUGCAGCUAAUACAUCUGUGUGGUUAACCUGAAAUCUGGGCCCUGGUGUUUUUUGAUCCCCUGAGAGGUUAUCCUCCUGCAACACCGGAGGCUGUGCCUCACUAUGGCUUUCCACCUGUCAGACCUCUUGUCCCUGCUCGGUGUGUCACAGUCUGUUAAAAUUGUGUCCUGACAGUGAUGGUCUGCACUGAGAUGUGGCCUCAGUCAGAUGGUGCACCAGCACUUGUGGAAUGAGCUGCCCACGUAGGGGGUAACAGCUCUGUUUAUGGCUUGAUCCUGGCAGGACAGAGUUCAUAAGCAGAGAGUGAGUUGUUUGUGGAGAAUAUGUAAUCUGUUUGGUUGCAACUAGUGAGUAAUAAAGUGAAUUGCAGCGA